AUGGAAGUGGAACAAACUCAUCAUUUAGCUAUUACAGUUGCUAAUGGAGAGAAAUUAUUCAGCAAUGCUAAGAGUAACAAGCUGAGUUGGAAAAUGCAAGGAAAUGCAUUUGAGUAUGAUUUUAGAGUUUUGAAUAUGGGGGGAAGUGAUAUGGUGUUAGGAGUGGAUUGGAUGAGUCAAUAUAGUCCAGUUCUUAUGGAUUUUAAAGAGAUGACUAUGGUUUUAAAAGUGGGAGAAAAGGAGAUUAAAUUGGAAGGAAAACAAACAGGUUCUUAUAUGAAAUUGAUUUCAGAAUCUAAGAUGAAACAAAUUACUGUUAAAGAACCAGAAGUGAUAGGAGAAGCCUAUUUUCUGAGUAUGGAAGUAGUUGAAUCCAAAUUUCCAGAAGAAUUACAAACCCUAUUAGAGGCGUAUCAAGAUGUUUUUGAAGAACCUAAGAGAAUGCCCCAUGCUAGAAGUCAUGAUCAUGCAGUGAUUCUUAAGGAAGGAAUUCAACCAGUAAAUCUUAGACCAUACAGAUUUCCACAUCCACAGAAGGCAGAAAUUGAAAAACAGAUUAAAGAGAUGUUGUCUGCUUCAAUUAUUCAAACCAUAGUAGAAGACUUGUUGGAUGAAUUGGAAGGGACUUCCUAUUUUUCUAAAAUAGAUCUGAGAUCAGGAUAUUGGCAGAUAAGAGUCAAAGAAGAGGACAUCCCCAAAACAACAUUUCAGACACAUCAUGGACAAUAUGAGUUCAAGGGAGCUUUUAAUUGGAAUGAUGAAGCAGAAGCAUCUUUUAAGAAAUUGAAGCAGUCUAUGUGUGAAGCUCAUGUAUUGGCUCUUCCAAAUUUUAGUAAGACAUUCUGUUUGGAAACUGAUGCAAGUCAACAAGGAAUUGGGGCUGUUUUGACACAGGAAGGCAGACCAUUAGCUUAUUUGAGUAAGGCUUUGGGACCAAGAAAAGGCAGAUUGAAUGUAGUGGCAGAUGCUUUGUCAAGAAGAUUUGAAGAUGAUAAGGAGGUUGAAAAGGUUGAAGAAACAGGAGAGUGUAUGCAGAUGACUACCACUAUACUGAUUCCUGAGUGGGUAAAAGAAAUUGAGGACAGUUAUAAGGGAGAUAUCUUAGCUCAUAAAUUUAUUACAGGCUUAACCAUUAACUCUAAUAUAGAGUCUGAUUGGAAGUUGGUUAAAGGAGUGCUAAGGUAUAAGAACAAGGUUUAUAUUGGGGAACAUGGAACUUUAAGGAAGAAAAUCAUGGAGUGUUUGCAUGAUUCUCCUCAAGGGAGACAUUCUGGAGUACAAGCAACAUACUACAAAAUUAAACUUUAUUUCUAUUGGAAAGGCUUGAAAAGUCAAGUUAAAUCUUAUGUGAAAAAGUGUGAAGUAUGCCAAAGAACAAAGGGGGAUAAUGUGGCAAUUCCAGGUUUGUUACAACCUAUUGUUAUUCCUAAUCAGGCAUGGGAAGUUAUUACCAUGGAUUUUAUUGAAGGAUUGCCACAGUCAAUGAAAUCUAAUUGCAUCCUGGUGAUAGUGGAUAAGUACUCUAAAUAUGGCCAUUUUUUAGCCAUAGCUCAUCCAUACACAGUGACUGAGAUAGCUAGGAUCUAUUUGGAUCAAGUAUAUAAAUUGCAUGGACCACCUAAGAUAGCUAUAUCAAACAGAGAUAAAACCUUUACAAGCUUAUUCUGGAAGGAAUUGAUGAAGCAUCUUGGAACUACAACUUUUUUCAGUACAACCUACCAUCUAGAGACAGAUGGGCAGACUGAAAGGUUAAACCAGUGUUUGGAACAAUACUUGAGAAGUAUGUGUUUCCUUAAACCUGGUAAUUGGGAAAAAUAUUUACCACUGGCUGAAUGGUGGUAUAAUACUAAUUAUCAUACAACCCUAGGAGUUACACCUUUUGAAGCCUUGUAUGGAUACAAGCCUCCUAUGAUUAAUUGGCAGACUAAUACCAGUGUCAAUGCAGAAGGAGAUGAGGUUUACCUUAAAUUACAGCCCUACAAGCAAUCAUCCGUAGCUGUUAGAAGAAACUUGAAACUUGCAGCAAAAUUUUAUGGACCUUACAAAAUCCAGAAAAGAAUUGGGUCAGUAGCGUAUCAACUGGAAUUGCCAGCAUAUUCAAAAAUCCACCCAGUUUUUCAUGUGAGUUUACUGAAGAAGAAAGUGGGUGAAGGAACAAUUACCUCUAAGAAUCCUCCUGAACUUAGUGAGGAUGGGCAGAUGAAGGUUUAUCCGACCAUCGUGCUUAACAAAAGGAUAGUGAAGAGACAAAACAAGGUAAUCACACAACUUCUGAUCCAGUGGUCGAAUUUGGGAGAAGAAAACGCCACUUGGGAGGAUUAUGCUGUGUUGAAAUCCCAGUUUUCAGAUUUCGAUCCUUGGGGACAAGGAUCAGGUGAAGGGGAGGGAAAUGUUAUGUGCGUGGAGAAAAAAGAGGAAAUGUUAGGGAUUUCUAUUGAAAAGCUAGGGAUUAAUCGUGGCAAAUUUGGGGGAAAUGAGAUAUUACCUGGAGCAAGAGAAUCGAAUAGCCAUUUGGAGCAGAAGACCCGAGUGGUGAUAUCCACAGAGAACGGGCUGGAACUGAAGAAUAGGGCCCAACAAGCAAUGAUCCACCAGUUCUGA